AUGUAUUUCUGGGGAGUAUUGAUACGGCGGAAGAACACCGUCGGGCAAACCUUUCCCAACCACUGCAGAUCCCCGGGGGCACACGGGCUAACCCGCAUGCGCCGCCAGCAUAGAACCCUAGGGCUCGAUGUCGGUCAUGUGAAAAGAAUCUCCCUCCUGGCCCAGCACACGCACCACGUUGCCCUAAGCCAUACGCAACCUGGAGGUGCACCAACACACUGUACAUCGGCUGGGGAAACAUCCACGCGCACACAACAGGCGCCGGGUAAUAACUUCCAUCUUCAAGUAAAUCUCGUGGAUGAGGAUGAUCAAAUACCUGAUCCGACGCCAGAUGAGGUAGGAGAGAGUGAGGUGAUGCAUAUUCAUGAUUUGGUCGACGAGUCCUAUUUCGACAGUGAAGAUGAGUUAAUGGAGGCCGAGCAAGGGUUUGACCCCAUACCAAGCAGUACACAGGUCACUCGCUUUGUAUCGGUGGCCUCACCGUGCUUUUCCAUGCAGAACAACCUAAUUACUCAGCCGAUGACUGUCCGACGUCAUGGAAGUAUACUGUCAUCCAAUGCAUGGCACAGAUCAUGCCCGCAUUGCCAAGACGCUAACUAA